GUGGGGCGGGGUCCUGCUGUGCUGUCGUCGCGCUUGGGCCCUCCGGGCUGCGCCGCUCCCCAGUGCCCUGGGCUUGCUAUGCUGGUGUGAGUCCUAGGCCGCCUCCACGGGGACCUCUGCGCACGCAUGGACCUGCCCGCGCCCGGCGGGAAGCGGCCAGGCUGGAGGUGGCCGGGGCGGCGGGGCAGGGCCGAGGCAGCGGGCCCCUGAGCGCGCGUCCUGCAGGCCCGGUCGGAGCACCAUGAUGCCCGGCGAGACGCACCCGGCGGCGCCGGGGCCAGCCGACCUCGCGCGGUGUCAGGGCUGCGCCUCCCUGCAGCAGAACUUAAAUGAAUAUGUUGAAGCAUUAAUUGCCUUGAAGCAAAAAAUUAUUAAUACAGACAACCUGCUGACAGAAUACCAGAAGAAAUGCGAUGAGCUGCAGUUUGCAAGAAGAGAGAACAGCAUGCUGCAUCACCAAGUGGAACAGAUGCUUCAGAAAAUCUCCCCUCUACAGAAAUGCCAAGAGGAGCUGGGGUCCUUGAAAGCAGAGCUGGAGGAGAAAAAGAGUUGUCUGAAGCUGUAUCAAGACACUCACCAGGAAUACGCCCGUGUGAAAGAAGAAUGCUUGCGUAGUGAUGCCCAGAAGAAGAAACUAGAAGCUAAGGUGAAGAAGCUGGAAGAGGCUGCUAUCAAGCAAACUCAGGACUUCAAGCAAUUGAGAAAUGAAAAGAAAAUACUUGAAAAGGAAUUUAAGAAGACACAGGAAAGGUUUGAAGAAUUUUCCAAACAGAAAAACGAGAAGGAGUUGAGACACAUUGGAACACAGAUCUCAAGUGACUCUCAUGGAAGUAUAGACAAAAGGAAGGUAAAAGUUCUCCUGAAAGAGCUGUGGCUCUGUGUGAACACUGCUCACAGGCUGUCCGGGGAGGGCGGCAGGCGCAUCCCAGGAAAACCUGACAAGGGAAGCUGCGUGCCCAGAGCCUCUGGGGAAGAUGAGCUGCUCCCAGUGCAAGGCAGUCCUGCCAGGACGGCAGACAUGCGUUCUUUCCUCACCAAGUUGUCCAUGGAGAUGGAGGGUGACUUCACAUCCUCUGACAGCGCAGAUGAGCAGCCCGGCAGAGCAAGCCUUAGCACAGAGCCUGCCCGUCAUGAGGAAAGCCAGCCCAAAGUCUCCUCGCAAAGGCCUGGCGAUGGCAAUGGUGAUGGGACCAACAUCUAUGACCAUGAGCACUUCUUUGAUGAUGACCUUCAAGCUGCCAUCGACUUCUUCAAGCUCCCCCCUCCUCUUCUGUCCCCGGUGCCCUCUCCCCCUCCGACAACAUCGCCACACCUGGGCUCUUUAUCAUCCUCCAUGGCUCCUGAAUCCUGCUUUGGAGAGUUGACGGACUCCAGCGACAGUGACUCUGCCCCACUUAGAAACUUUGUGGAAUCGGCUUCAGAAAGUUACACAGCAGAGGCUCGGGGUUACUUUGACUUGCUUGAAAAACUUAGAAGGAGUGAUAUCUGCCUGGAAAAAUCCAGGUCACAGGGAUUUUCCCACACUGUAAACAGGCUGGCACCUGUUGGAUUUGAUAGCAGAAGAGUAACACCGGGAGAACCCUCCUCCACAUCUUCUCUAGCUCGGGCAAGGCACUGGAUAGCAUCACCUGAAUUUGUGAAGGAUAGGGGAGAUGUCGUAGACAAGGCAGAAGGAAAGGUAGCUGCCCAGGAGAUGGAUAAACCUGUACGAGUCAGGAAAGGGCUGCUGAAGCGUAACAGGAGACUGUGGAGGGAGAGGGCAUCCAGAAGCUCAGCCCGAAAGAAGGAAGCCAGAGCCAGGAAGUCAGAGGCUCGUUAUUCUCCUUUUGGCAAGAGGACAUUCAGUGAACUCAUGGAAUCUGAAGGGAAAACCCUGUCAUCAAAAGCGUUGUGCUCACCCCACUCAGAAUUUACCAAAUGGACACUCACUGGUGAAUUUCCUUCCAAGUCACACCGUGUGGUGCAUUCUGGCCAUUUUCAGAGAAAGGAGAAAGAUGUGCAGGCGUCUACUUUGGGGCCGGGUGUUUGUGCAGCGGCAGCCAGUCUUCCUUCCCCUUCUACCUCUGUGCCAGAGUCUCUGUGCAGUAACCCCAAGGCUUCUCGGCUAGGGUUUAUCAAUGCAGGGGCUCCAGCAGAUGGGAACUGCACGAACCUGCAUCGUUCAGAACAAAAGUCACCAACUAGAACUUUUAACACGUUCCUUCAGUGGUCUGAGCCAGCAGCAUGCUUUCCAAAAGGAAAUGACCCAGAAAACAGCUCGUCUGCUUUGAAUUCCAAGUCAAAAUUAGGAGCAUCUACAUUUAGCGAUUGGAGGAGCAGAGGCCCGGAGCCUUUAAACAUUUUUAAAAGUACCAUGCAGGCACACCCACUUCCUCAGUCAGUAUUUCAGAAGCCAGCCACAAGUGGGCAGUGUGGUGUCCGAGGUUCAGGCACUGCGUUCACCCUGCCUAAGUCAGAUUGGACUUCAUUAGCGCAUUCUCAAGCUAGCUCUACGAGGAAGAGCCCUGCUUCUGCUGACAGUACCUCGUGGCACCGUAGUCAUAUACUGAGGAGAGGUGGUGAGGGCAGUCCCAGAGCUACCUCCGAACAUCAGCAGAAGACGAGUGUUCAGUCCGAGAAGGCAACACCAGCCUCACAGAACAGCAGGUUGACAGCCGUGCCUGGACCUCCUCCAGAAAGUACUGUCCCUUUGGAAUUCAACACAGCUGCUGCUUUGCUCCCAAACCAAGUGUCAGUCAUAACAAAGCAGGCAAGACCUGAGCGGAUGCAGAGUGGCAGCCUGGAACACUGGCAGCCACGUGGGGCCACUUCGAGCCCUUCUGCAGACAGUAGUGAGGAGGCAGGUCCUACGCUAUCUGUAUCGGAGUCUACUGGAGAUGGGGAUCCCACAGCACAGGGCAGUGACGGGGUACCUGAGGAGGAAAGCCUUUCUCCAGGAGUUUCUGUGUCUUGGCGAAAAUCAAGUUGCGAUUCCCCAAGUGGCUCUGUGCCAGCAGAGAAUUUUGGUUCUACAGAUAAGUUACCCUUUUCACCUGGCCACAGCCUCAUCCAGAACCAGUGCGUUGUAAAUGAAGCCCUGCUACAGAAACCCAGGAGGUCUCCCCAUACCACACAGUCAGGUGCCCGUAGGCUGGAGGCUGGGAAGCUACUUCUGUCUGAGGUGCCAUCCAGAGACUGUCCUACUGGACAGAUGCCCAGUGGAGCUCAUCCCCAGGCAAACACUGAGACCCCUGUAGCUGCGAGAGGUUCUGGUAGUGCUUCACGAAAUGCCAGCCCACCUCCCACAGUGCCCACCAGGGCGCUCCUCAGAACCCGUGUCCCCGCCGGUACUGUCUGUUCUUCAGUUCUUGGCAGUGCAGAUGGGGAGAAGCAGAGUACCUCCCGAAGUAGUCUUCCUGGGGCUUCCUACUGCUACACAGGCAUCAGAGAGCAGAGGGAGGAUACUGAGGUAGAGGAUGAGGCCUUUAGCUGCAGUGAGGGAGAGCAUGAGACUGAAGCUUCCAUGGGACACAGACAGCAGGGUGCAGCAGGAGACUCACGGAGACUUUUGGGAGACCCGGAGGCUGGGCUGCGUGGGCUUGGACAUGCCUUGGAUGUAGGCGAUCUGGCCUCAGCCUUGCAAGGAUGUAACUUAAGCACUUUUCUUUACAUAGAUAAGCUCUCUACAUCAGAGGUCGUUAUGUUUCUUGAAAGUUGUCAGUUAAGGGAUUAUACUUCCAGGGCCUCUGUUUCAGAAUGUUCUAGCAAAGAAACUGUUAAUGAAGAAAUGAGAAAAGAUUUCAGGCAAAGUGAAAUCUUCAGAAAGAACCGCGGGAAAAGGUUCCAUGAAGAAGAAACACCCAGAGCCUCGGAAGAGUGGGUCGAGUCAGAGGGAGAUGACUUCCAUGUCAGAAAUUCAAGCCAGCGUGCUUGCCAUCCUCUGGAAAUGCCAUCUGAUAUUCUCACUGGAACCAGGGAAGAACUGGUUGCAAACCCUGGGGUCUGCAAUGAGAAGGAGGCUGAUGUGUUGCUCUUAAACACGCAUCACAGCCAGGUAGCUGACGAGCUGAUAGAAAGCACCCUGCCCGCGGUAGCAUCCAGCUCCAUGCCCCACACUGCAGAAUUGCCCCAUCCAGCCACUGUGGGUGCUGCAGGCAGCUCUCCACUGAGUGUCAUGUCUGACCCGGAGCAUAUUCAGAGCAGAUCUGAGGAUGAGACCAGUUAUGGGGGCUGCCCCAGCACUGGCCGGGAGGGCCUGGCAGAUCCUGCGGAGCUUUUGGCCUUGAGCUCUGACUGGACUGCUCCACCAAGGCUAGAGCAGAGCUCUGAGUGUGUGACAGAGACAGCAUUUCGCUAUCAGAUCUCCGCAGUGACCUCAGAAGUCAUAAGCGUACUGAUAAAUAAGGACCAAGACGUGGUGAUUGAAAAGGGGGACAACUGGACUAUCAUCAGUGGUGUCGCCAUCUCUCCCGGCAUGGAACAAGUAGUUCUUUGUGAAACUCUUGAUGCUUUCUCUUCUCGGGAUCUGGGAGGCCCAGACAGUGGCUCUGUGGGCAAGUCCCCUGAAGCCAGUCCUGCUGGCCCUCUACCUCAAGAGCCUCCAUGUGGCGCCCAGGAGGAUGCUUCCAGCAGUGAUCAGAGUGCCAACUUUGAUAAGAGUCGUCUUCGGAACAGACCUGUGAAGCCUAGCAUCUGGAUUCGCUCUCAGAUGUAUGACCAGACACUUGAGACCGAGAAAGUUGUGUCUGAUCACACAUAUUGUAACUGGAAAUUAGAGCCACUUGGUAAGAAUAAGACUCGAUCAAAGAUUUCCAACAAAGAUCAAUCAGGCAAACUGGCAAAGACUCCAGGACUGGACACAGGGGAAGCGCAUCUGGACGAAGUCCCUCAGCCAGUGCCAGGGGAAAGAGCAAAUACGAAUAUGCCAAGAAGCCAAGCUCCGUCCACCAUGGUGGGUGCAGAUGUGUCCACCCCUUCCAACUGUUCCCCUGAUACUCUGAAUAAGAUCCGGCAAGAAGUGGGGCCUCCAUUGCCUCCUUUGCUCGCCCCGCUGAUAGCCACACCCCCGAGGACGUCACAGCCACUGACUCCUCUGAUAACACGUUCCAGUCCGUCCUCACUGGCCUCACCUGCCGGCCGUGUUUCCCCGCUGCUGUGCGACAUUUCUGGGCCUCCCGUGUUGUCUCCGUGGCCGGAGGAACACCAGCAGGCCUCCGCACUGGACCCUUCUCCGUCCCCAUCUACGGCGGCAGCCACUGGAAGGAUAAUGUCCUCUCCUCUGCAGUUCUGUGCCGCUACACCAAAGCAUGCACUUCCCGUGCCCGGCCGGCUCCCAUCCUGUGCACCUGGCCAUGCUGCUGUGAGUGGGCAACAGGAAAAUUCCGUUAAAAUCCUUGACACCAUGUACCCAGAGCUAUCUGCCAGGGCCCGGACCCUCAGCCUCCUCAAAGGGAACAUGCAGCUGUCCCGAGGCUCCUCUGUGGAUGGGAAGGUGUUGCCUGGGCGUGUCAGUGCACUCAUAGGACUCAAAGCUAUCACCUCAACAUCAACUGCUUUUGUCCUAACUGGGGGCACCUCUGGUGGUGACGGCAGCCAAGGUAAGUCACAAGACUUGAGUGCACAGCAGGAUGCAGGUGGGAAAAGAACACUGGCAGCCUCCAUACUGAGGAGUGCUAAGAGACUGCGCCUCGACAGUGAGUCCCCAGAGCCAGACACCAACCAGGUCGCUGCAGAAGGAGUCCCCGGGGACGCCCCAGGAGGAACCUCACCAGUCGAAGUUGUCGCAGCUGAGGAAGAACAAGCUGCUGCCCUGGUCUGCAGCCCAGCAUCUCAACUGCAUGUGAACCCACGAGAGAUGGCAGAGUCGUACAACAUAGCCAUAGCUCGUGCUCUGAGGAAGAUUGCCGAGUCCUCCUUUGACCUGCUCCCUGUCAUUCGCAGUCAUGUGUAUGUGGGAAAUAUCUCCAAAAAGCCUGUCAUGAGAGAUCAAGAGAAGGAAGUUGUUUAUGAAUUUAGCACAACAAACAAGCAUUUAGGAGAAUACUUACUUCGCUCUAUUCUCUCAGAGCUAAAGGUUCAGAAGACAUCUCUAGACCACAGUUACAUUCAUGCACUUUGCAGAGUAUAUGUGGGCAUUUGUCGGCAACUUGGAGACUUGGAAAGAGCUCGCUUGUUCUGCUACAGCCUUCUGAAAGAAGAUUUUCCAGAAUCUGAGAAGUUGACCCUAUUCAUUGCCAACAUGUGGCGUGAAGUGUUUCUCUCCCAGUCAGCCAUUAGUGAAGCAAUGCAGCUCGUUGCCAGGCAGCGUGCCAGAGGGGAGGUUCUGAACUGCCUGAGAGCAUUCCUCAGCUGGGAAAAGAACGCUCCUAUAGAUGUCGGAAUCGUGGUUUCUAAGCUGCUUUUGACCAUACAGCUGUGCCCCAAAACAGAAUUUCAGGCGAGUGAAGAGUUUGGUGAAGACCUCAGUGCAAACAUUUGGGAAUACAUCUUUGCCAUUGAUCUCCUCUGCUGCCACCAGAGAUGGAUUUGGACACACGAUAACAUCAUAAGUAAGGAGCUGUGGCCUGUAAUGGAUAAGUGGAUCAAAUACAGGAAAGGCCAUUCGAACAUAGCGUACACUCCAGAUGUUAUUGUCGCCUCUGUGCUGAGACUGAUCGGUCGAUUAGGCCAGUUGGGAUUGAAGGAAGGGUUUCCAACUGCUGUAAAGAAUAUCAGCUCGGUUAUUGGUAUGUUCAUACAGCAUGCUCAGGAUGAAGAUAUCCCAUGGGGUGUACAGCUUGCAGCUGUCUAUGCCCUUUGUGACUUGAGUCCUAGCAAUCCAAUAGAGAUAUCCAAGAUUCUGGAAGCUUGGCGGACACAGACUUCCAACACUAUUCCAUCAGCAAUCGUCAACUGCCUGGAAGAGGUUGGCUCCUUGAGUGCUGAGGGCUCAGCUGGUUCCACGAGCACAGGAGAGUGUGCACCCUGAGAGCUGGGGGCUCAGCUCCCUGAGAUGGGAAGGUCACCCGAAGGUUAUGGUCAUGGUCACUGUGCAGAGAAGUGUCUUGUCACCUUUUGUUGUAAAGGAUUAACCUGCCUUCAGUUAACUGAGGUCCAACAGAGAAAAGCAUAAAGCAGGUGACAGUACAAGGCUCACAUUUGGACUGUGUACAGAUGGCCAGUCUGAGGCAGCGGCAGAGUUCUGUGUGCUCUGUGCACAGGGGACAGCUCUAUAAGCUCUGUGUACAGGGACAUCUUGGUAACCUCUGUGCACAGGGACAGCUCUAUAAGCUCUGUGUACAGGGACAGCUCCACGGGCUCUCUGCAUAGGGACAGCUCUCUGGGCUCUGUGUACAGGGACAGCUCUGUGGGCUCCGUGUACAGGGACAGCUCUACUACAGGCUCCGUGUACAGGGACAGCUCUGAAGGCUCUGUGUACAGGGACAGUAAUAUAGAGUCUAUGUACAGGGACAGCUCUGUGGGCUCUGCAUGGGGACAGCCCUGUGGGGGUAUGUGCAUACAGACAGUGCUAUCUAUGAUGUGUCUCACAUUGGAUGAUAUUCCUUUCGGAAUUUUUGUAUUUGUAUAUAGAAAUGGGUUUAAUAACUCACUGUGAUUCCGAUUUGUCUUAUAUCCAUCAUUUCUUAAACUCUUGUAUGUGUUUUUAUAAUAAAAAUAAAA